AUGGCUGUGCGGGCUCGUCCUGCUCUGGCCGCCAGCCGCCUCACCACCGCCGCCGCCGCCCGUGUCCUCUGCCAGCGCGGCAACCAGCGUCACGGCUCCGGGACCGCGGCCGGUGGCGCCCUCAAGAAGACGCCGCUUUACGACUUGCACGUCGCCCGCGGCGGCAAGAUGGUGCCCUUUGCCGGCUACCACAUGCCCGUGCAGUACAGCGCCCAGUCGCUGACGGACUCACACCACUUCACCCGCCAGCACGCCUCCCUCUUUGACGUGUCGCACAUGGUGCAGCACAUCUUCAAGGGGCCCCGCGCGGCCGCCUUUCUGGAGCGCGUCACGCCCUCGGCGUGGGCCACGCAGGGCGCCAUGCAGAGCAAGCUGACGGCGCUGCUGUGGCCGGGCACGGGCGGCAUCGUCGACGACACCGUCAUCACGCGCCUCGGCGAGGACGAGUACUACGUCGUCACCAACGGCGCGUGCCUCGACAAGGACACCAAGUACUUUGACGAGCAGCUCGGCCAGUUUGGCGCCGGCGUGGAGUGGACGCGCCUCGAUAACUCGGGCCUCUUUGCGCUGCAGGGCCCGCAGGCCGCCGAGAUUCUCGCCCAAGUACUCGACAGAGAGUAUGCCGACGUGAACCUAGAGCGCCUGUACUUUGGCAACGCCGUGUGGGCGCAGCUCAAACUGGCCGACGGCAGCUCGACGCACCCCGUGCUCAUCUCGCGCGGCGGCUACACGGGCGAGGACGGCUUCGAGGUGUCGUUCAACGGGCAGCAGUACCCCGCGUUUGACACGACGACGCCGGCCGUCGAGGCGCUCCUGGCGGCUGCGGGCCCGGAGCGGCUGCAGCUGGCCGGGCUCGGGGCGCGCGACUCGCUGCGGCUCGAGGCCGGCAUGUGCCUCUACGGGCACGACCUCGACGACGGCAUCACGCCCGUCGAGGCGGGCCUGAGCUGGAUCAUCCCCAAGGAGCGGCGCGCGGCCGACGCGGGCUUCCACGGCGCCGAGGUCCUGGUGGCGCAGAUGACGCCGCGCAGCAAGGGCGGUGCGGGGGUGCAGAGGCGCCGCGUCGGGUUCGUGGUGGAGGGCGCGCCGGCGCGCGAGGGCGCGACGGUCGAAAAGGACGGCGAGAAAAUCGGCGACGUCACGUCGGGCGUGCCCAGCCCGACGCUCGGCAAGAACAUCGCCAUGGGCUACGUCAAGGACGGCCUGCACAAGGCCGGCACAGAGGUCGACGUCGUCGUCCGCGGGCGCAAGCGCAAGGCCGUCGUGGCCAAGAUGCCCUUUAUCCAGACUCGGUACUGGAAGGGAGAUGCGUAA